AUGUUCUCUUCGCUACAACUAGAAUCUCUCGAAGCUGAUUGGAUCUCGGAACAGCCAGUGUAUCAACAGUUCUUCUGGCAGACCUCGACACGCCUCGCAAGACGUAACAUCCAUCUCAGAACCAAAGUCGGUUCGGUUGCAAAGGAGUUGAGAUCUCAGGGCCUUACGCCACGUCACAAAAUCCUGUCAUUGAAAGAUGUUGACAAGGUUGUCGAGGUAUCAUACCUCCACGAACGGGCUGCAUUUGCAUAUGCGUACGUCAAAUACAAGAAAAACGCCUUCACUUGGGACGACAGAUCAGAGAUCAACGAGGUCUUGGCCAAAUAUCGUGAAGAGAACACGCAAGAGGCUAAACGUUAUCUGAAACAAAUCGAGCAAGUCUGGCAUAUAUCUGACGAUAUCAGUGACGCUCGUCACGCCAAAGCUCUUGGUAAACGUCUCUUAGUACCCGUCAGAACCAGACGCAGAGAAAAUUUGAGGAAGGCUGCUCUUGCAAAGACAAGACAUGAUGAGGGUGUGGUUGAGGACCAAACAACACCUGUAGUCGAAGCAGCAGCUGGUACGACAACGGGCAUUCCAGGAUCAGCACCCGAUGCAGAAAUGACGUCAAAAGACACUAGUGCACGAAGCACAGCAGACCUCGAACAGAGCGAAAGAUCCCAACAAGAAACCACUCAGAAUCCCGAGCCGAACACAACGACCGAACCAAACCCUGCAACGAGCGAGGAUUCAAGCAGCGGCUUUGCAGAAAGCUCGCCAGAAUCACAAACCAAGCCGCGUGGUCCUGAGUUUAAGGUGGCCAAGCUCCCAAGGCUUACAUUCAAACCUACGGCAGUCUAUCCUAGAGCUCGUAGUAGAAGUUUGUUCAGACCUCCGAAGCCCAUGUUCAAAGAAACGAGACGCAGGAGUCAGAUGAUGGGUAACAGCGCUGUUGACUACCUGGAUCAAGAAGAACUCGGUCGUUCAAUCAUGCUACCACCGCUGCUGUACCAAAUUCCGCCUCAAGAUCUGCGUAGUGCAUUGAUAGCAUCGAAAACCAGCCAAGCUGCGUUUUGGAGGCACUCUUUGUAUAGGUCGCCCGAGGGCAAGAAGCCUCUCGUGAACUACUGUUUCAAGUUUGAACAGGCAGAAGAAACUGCAAAGUUGUUCCUCGGAGAGCCAGUAAUUGGCUUCGAUAUUGAAUGGGAGAUGGGCAGCACUGUUGCCGAUGGCAACAUCAAAAACAACGUUUCGCUGAUUCAGAUUGCGCGCGAGGACAGGAUUGCUCUCUUCCAUGUUGCUUUGUUCGCUGGAGAGCGCAAAGAAGAUCUUAUGCCUCCAACGCUCAAGGCUAUUCUCGAGUCUCCAGAGAUCCUUAAAUCUGGUGUCAACAUUGCAAACGACUUUACUCGACUACGCAAAUGUCUAGGAGUCGAGGGACAGGGAAUCUUUGAAGUGAGCCACCUAUACAAGCUUGUAAAGUUUUCUGAGAACGAACCAGCGAAAGUGAACAAGCAACCGUUCAAUUUGGCUGGUCAGGUACAGAAUGUUCUCUUCCUUNNCCCUCUUCACAAAGGCAUUGUUCGAACGAGUGCCUGGUCGAAGAAAUUGUCGUGGGAGCAAGCCGAGUACGCUGCAUCAGAUGCCUAUGCAGGUCUCAGGCUCUUCCACGAGCUUGAGAAAGCAAGGUGCAUGAUGGACCCUGUGCCACCUAGGCCAGCGGCAUGGGAACUCGAUCAGCCUAUCAUCCUUGGUAACGGCGAGCGAGCAGGGCGCAAAAUUUCUACGAAAAAGCUUGCAGAGGCUGAAAGCCAAUCGUCCAUGCUUGGUGUAGAAGAUGAGCAAACCCUCUACGGCGAGGAAGAGGAAGCUCAGGCCGAAGCUGGUGCAGCUGAUAUGGAAGACAACAAUGCUCAGGACGAGCUGGAAAGUCCAGAGGUCGAACCAGCAGCGGCUGUCAAACAUGAAGCUGCCGAACUAUGGCUUGCACAGUGGGCAAGCAAUUCAUCGCCCGAAGGGAAGAACAGGCCUCCGCCAUCUCGAAUACGUGCAUACGCCCUAUGGCAAGUCCAAGGCCUGGAGCUAGACCAAGUGGCUGAAGCCAUGAGGGAACCACCUCUCGCACUCUCAACGGUAGCUAGCUACAUUGUCCAGGUCGUGAAAUUGCAGAAACUGCCCCAUGAGCCUGCGAGAUUGAGAGUUGCACUCGAGAUAGGAGAGAGGAGAUACAAAAGCUCGAUGAUGCAGAGAACUAGGUCUGUUGUCCGAACCUCAUGA